AUGGCCCAUCAUUUCGCGAUCUAUAGAGACCUCUUUUAUCGUGUUCCCACUUCACUUCAAACCAACCGGCGCUUAAUUGAAGCAAAUGCAAAGAAUGAAAGCAAAUUUGAUUUGCGCUCACAGCCGCCCAUAUUUUCAUUUCUACCGCUAGUCCCAAUUGACGCUGAGUUUUAUUUCGACAAUGGCAAAGACGAAGUGGCUUGUCAAAAGUCUUAUCGUGGUAAUUUAAUUCCGCCGCAAUAUGGCGCUACUCCACCUGUUGUUACCAUCAAUACUGCUGCCAUCAAUGGUCAAGCGAGUUUGGAUGACUUGAUUUCGCCUGAAAGUUCACCUGACCACAUCUCUAUAAAUGCCGGCAAGGCUGUGAUUGAUUCCAGUUUUUACACACUGGCUCUAGUCAAUUUGGAUUCGCAUUUUGCUGAUUCUGGUAUCUGCCACUGGAUGUUGUCUAAUAUUCACAGUACAUCAGUAGGUAAAACUACAGCUGAAACGACGAUAAAGUACCUGCCUGUGUACGGAAUUCGUGGUUUUGGCUAUCACCGGUACGCUUUUGUGCUUUUCCGGCACAAUAAAGCCAUCACUGGACUAGAAAAAGUUGAUGACUUUGACCUGACUAAACGAAAGUUCAACGGCUAUCAGUUUAUGAAUACUUUUACUAAUCAAGACAAAGACCUUCAAAUGAAACCAGUUGGCCUAUCCUGGUUCCAAACUACCUGGAAUGAGUCUUGCCGAGAUGUAUUUUACAACUACCUAGAUAUGCGUUCACCUACUUAUGAGUACAUCUACCCGUCUCAAAUUUCGGAGUUUAAGCAGAUUCAGUUUCCUGGCCGUGCUCCAUUCAACUUGUACUUGGACCAUUACCGUGAUCCGAAAGAGAUUUCCAAAGAGGUGCUUUUGGAACGUCUAAAGUCGAUAAACCCCAUUGAGUCUUAUGAGCCUGCAAAAAUGUUCAGUGGAUGGGAUGGAAAGCCUAAGCUUCCGCACAUUCACCCCAUUUCAAAAGAACAUCCUGAUUGGUACAAGUCUACACUACUCAAGAAGCGAGCUUUGCUAGGUCGGUGGAGAGGUCUUAGACCAGCUUCGGCCAUCCUGCCUCACAAUAACAAUGCCGAUUUGGACAAUCCAAAGUGGCCGCGCAUUUCUCCAGACAAAUUACCACUUAACUGUCCCAAUCCAUAUCCGGAUG